AUGCCACUUGGGCGUUCUGAGCCCGUGCGCGUCCUGCUUCUUCGACAGCCCGUGCCUGUUCAUCAGGGCACAGACCCAUACCAUCACGCAUUUGGAACUCUCCGCACGUCCUUUCGUGACCCCGCUAGCCCUGACACGUCAGGCGCUGCAUCAUGCGCACCCAAGAAUGAUAAUAGCCUGACAUCCCCGGCGCACACCACGAACGAGUCGCGACCUGACCCUGACUUGUUUGCGAACGACGAUCUUUAUCUUGUGACGCACCACAUGCGGCCCCAUGAGCUCAAAGAUGUGGAAUUCCGCGUUGUCAGUUUUCCAAUCCUCACGCAUGUCACAGUACACGCAGAUGAAUUGGACCAGGCCCUACUUGGCAUGUACCACCAUACCACCCACUAUGAUGGUGUGAUCAUGACCAGUCAGAAAGCCGUUCAGGCAUGGCAACAAGCGUGUGUGCGCGUAAACCAAAAGCUAUAUGUACAGCAAGACAUCCACCCAGAGCGCAUGAGGGUGCUGGGCCAAGUGCCUUUUUACGUCGUAGGGCCAGCCACCGCCAAGGCCUUGCGACACAUCGAGGUGGCCACCCCUUUUCAACCAACUACCAUACAUGGUGCGGAAGCGGGAAAUGCCGAGAGCCUGGCUCUGCACAUGAUGCGAGAUAUGAACCAAAGCCGACACCCACGGCGCUUCUUGUACCUUGUCGGUGACAAGCGUUCGCCGGCCCUGAUCAACACAUUGCAGGCUCACAACGCACCUGUCACACUCGAUGAAUUGGUCGUGUAUGCGACGGACAAAAACCCGGGCUUUGAAGACAACUGCGCCCUUCUUGCGCGCGAUAUUCCCCGGCACACGUCUGAUGAAGCCCUGUCCGGCUCAAGGCCGUCAUCUACGCAGCGGCAGCGAGAACAUCAUGGAAUAGUAGGGCAUACGCAAGAAGAACACCUUGAUGCGCACACCCCGCCCGCGUCAGCACCCACAGAAGUCCGGCCCGACUGGAUCGUGUUUUUCUCGCCCAGCGGUGGUAAUUACGCCCUGCAGGAACUCGUUCAGCGUCGAUGGAUUGUGUCGCAGGAAGCUCAUCAGGGGUGCAAAGUGGCAUGCAUCGGUCGGACGACGGCGCAAUGGGUGCAUGAGACCCUGGGAUUCGAGCCACAUGCCAUUGCGGCUCAUCCGACACCGGACGCACUGCAAGAGGCGAUUUUUCGUGAUUUGAUAUAG